AUACUUCCUCUUAACAUUUCAAUGUCAAAAUACAAAUUGUCGCACGUUUGCAGAUUUAAAAUAAGCAUAUUUGUUAGUAUAGCCGCAGAACAAACACAAGUGAAAUGGAUAUCUAUGUACCUUUUUCCAUACUAGCAAGUGUCUAUAUAUUGUGUUCCAGACCAGUUGUUGGAACAGAAACUACGUAUGCAGAGACUAAUGUCGGUACAUUUAAAGGCUAUGUAAGAACAGUAAAUGCAUUUGGUACGAAUUAUCGCGUAAGACGUUUUCUUGGUGUACCUUACGCGGAGCCUCCAGUGGACAAUUUACGGUUUCAAAAAACGGUUCGCAAGUCUUCGUUUACUGGAGAAUAUGACGCGACAGAAAUGAAGCCGGCAUGCUUGCAAACAAACGUAGCUUUGAUAUCGGGAGGCAAGCGGAAGAAGGGUCUCGCUGUGAAAUAUUCUGAGGAUUGUCUCUACCUGAAUAUUUACGCUCCCGACGGCAAGAACCCACGUUAUCCGGUGAUGAUCUAUAUCCACGGUGGAGCCUACGUUUGUGGCUCCCCUAUCCCCUAUAAAGGUGACAUCCUCAGCGCGUAUGGCGAGGUUAUCGUUGUGACGAUCAGCUACCGCUUGAGUGUGUGGGGUUUUCUCAGCACUGGCGAUAAAUAUAUGCCUGGAAAUUACGGUCUUUGGGACCAGCACGAGGCCAUCAAAUGGGUCUAUGACAACAUCGACGCAUUUGGAGGAGAUCCUAAUACGAUCGUCGUAUUUGGAACGUCUGCGGGUGGCGCUAGCGCCAUUUGGCAGUCAGUGUUUCCAGGUAACGCUGGUAUAAUCAAACGAGCAAUAGCAAUGAGCGGAUCUCUCACGAAUCCUUGGGGAUUCAAUAAGCAUCCAAUAAAAGCUACUCGCAGGUACGCCAAGCUGUUUGGUUGUGACCAGGAUAACUCGAAGGAACUCGCAGGCUGCAUAAGAUCUAAGUCGUCCAGUGAACUGCAUUAUUUUCUCAAUGACAACCACGGGUUUAUUACUUUUCCCAUGGAAUUUAUUCCAACAAGAGAUGGUGAUUUUAUUCCAGAAUAUCCUGAAGUCUUACUUCAUAGAAAUUCUGCGAAAAGUAAAGUUUACAGGGAGACCUUUGGUGACGUCGAUUUUAUGACGGGUGUCGUGGCAGGAGAGGGUAUAGUCGCUAUAUUGCCCAUUGUGGGAGUGAACGAUACUGAACAAUUCCAGGUAACUCGACAGAAGUUUGAGGGGGAACUGACCACAAAGAUCGCGAAAACAUAUUUUGGUGAGUCUUCUCCAGAUAUUGUACGGAAAAUGAUAAUAAGUGAAUAUACUGACUGGUCAGAAACAUUCAAUGAUACAAUCGCGCGUCGUGCAUAUAUUAAAGCCAGUGGGGACUGGUUAUUCAAUAUACAGACAAUCGAGGCCAUUAAUGCUCACGCUGCUCAACGUAGGAAAAACAGCUAUCUCUAUUUCAACGAGGCGCAGGUUUCACAGCACGUGUUGACGUACCCAUCUUGGAGCGAUCAGCCAAACCACGUCGACGAUCUGAGCCUGUGGUUUGGUUUCGAUCCGGAAGACGGUUUCGCGACGUGGACGUCCCCGUUCGGGGAGAACCCCGCCGACUGGGAAAUGCGGGCGUCCAAAGCAGUUAUCACCAUUGUGACAAACUUCGUCAAGACAGGUGACCCCCAUACACCUGCAGAUAUAGGUUCCAUGGUCGGUGAAGGUGUCCGAUGGCCGCAGUACACUCGGGAGGGAGGGGACUUCUUCUGCCUUGGGAACGAUCGCUAUAAGAAGGGGAAAAACUUGUUUGCCCGUGCCUUCAACUUCUGGACCAAGCUUAUUCCAGAUGUCAUAUCGGCGGUUCGGGGAACUUACGGUUAUUGCGAUAGAGACGGCGGAUGUGGUGACUGAACUGAAAACCUUUUGUGAUUCAAACACCCCGUGGCCAGAGAUAGAUAUAUGCGUUUCUACAAUUCACUAUUCACACCAAUAUUAAGCUUCAAAACUAGAAUAUAAUCGUCAUAAUGCGUUUGUCUUUUAAAGAUUUACCCUAACUAUAUAUAAAACUUGAUUUUGAUAAAACUGUAGAUAUGAGUGAAAUAAACAGUGAUUGUCCUAA